AUGGCCGACGUGCUGAUUUCGCCCAACAACGACGGGACGACGCGCCAAGAGGAACUCGAAAUCAAUGCACAACUGACGCCUCCUUUAGCCACCAGCAACACCGACGCAUACGCAGCACGCCAACAGCAGAGCGACGAGACACCAAGACACACCUUACAGACACCGACGCCCACCCGACUGCCGACACAUGGCUCGCACGCCGAUCUGAGACAACUUAAAUACAUGUAUUACGGCAGCAUAAGAACCCCGGUGGAUCCAAGAUGGUCGCCCAUCGGAUGGGCAUUCCCGAGCAGGCGGCCGAUACUCGAGCGGUCAGUCACACAUGUGCAGAAACAGUACGUCACCCUCUGGGAACCGAGUAUCCCUUGCAAAGAGGUCUUGAAGGAUGGUCUUGAGCUAGAACAGCAGGCGCAUCCAAACGACGUGACCCGGCCGAGGCCCAAUCAUUUGGAUGACAUCUGA